AAGAUAAAGGAGAGAAGAAAAGAACAGAGAGGGCAGAAGAGAAGGAGGGCACGAUGCAAGAGCUGAUGCAGAUACUAAAAGAAGAAUGGCUAAGCAUGUUUAGAGAAGAAAUAGGAAGCCUAAAGAAGGAAAUGAAAGAAGAAAGAAAAGAGUGGGAACAGAUGAUACAGCAAGAAAGAGACGAAUGGAGAAAUGAAAAAGAGGAUUUACAGGAGAGAGUAGAGAAACUGGAAUGGGAGAAAGAAAGAAGGGACAGAGAAGAGAAGAGAAAGAACAUAAUAAUCAGAGGGUAUAAUUUCGAAGAGAAAGAGCUGAAAGGCGGGGUAGAAAACUUUCUGACAGUUAAACUAAAUGUGGAAACAAAAGUCCGAAGCGCACAAAGGCUGAAUACGAGAAGAGGCGGAAGUGGAAACAAGAUAAUACUAGUGAAAUUGGAGGAAUGGGAGGAUAAGAGGAAGAUAAUGGAGAAAAAGAAGGAGUUAAACAGAGGAAUAUACAUAGAAGACGAUCUAACCUGGAAGAAGAGAGAAGUACAAAAGAGGUUGAGAGAGCUAGCAUGGGAACACAAAAAAAACGGAAAAUCGGCGAAAGCAGGAUAUUUCAAGCUAUGUGUAGAGGGAAAGUGGUUUCGUUGGGAUGAAAGAAGAGGAAGCUUAAAAGAGGAAGAAGUGAGAAGAGCCUGAGAGGGGCACGGCUGGGAUGGCGGUGCAGGAGAAGAAGAGGGAGUAGGAGGUCAAGGAGGUCUAAAGAUAUGUUUUUCGAAUGUCGCAGGCCUAAACAACAAGUGCGAGGAUGUGUGGGAAUUCGUGGAAAAGUUUGAUAUGGUAGGGUUAACAGAAACAUGGUUAGACGAAAAAGGAUGGACAACAUUAGAGAAGAAUUUAGCGAAAAAGUUUAGGUGGUCAUAUGUGCCAGCCACGAGGGAACACAGGAAAGGAAGAGCGAAAGGAGGACUGGUGGUGGCGGUUAAUAAAGAAUUGGAAAUAGUAAGGCAAGAAAGUUAUGGGGAGGGAAUAUUAGAGAGUCAAAUAGUAUACAAUAAGAAGAAUUUGAGAGUAGUGACAGUGUACUGCAGAGAAAUAAAAGAAGUUUUUGAUGUAUUCGAGGAGAAGAUAGAAGAAACAGGAGAAGAGAGUUUGAUUAUAGGAGGAGACUUCAACGCAAGGACAGGUACAGAAGGAGGACCAAUAAGGG